AGACAGCGACAGCUCCCUAAAAAGUUAACUUCGAACACUUUUGACGCUCAGUGUUUUUCUAGACUGCUAGCUAGUAGCUACGUGUGUCUCGCGUUGUUUGGGAUACUGCUUGGGAGAGCUUUAACAUUCCCACCGGGUUACUGUCAUUCCUUGCUGCCUAACAGCUCAUCCCUCCCAGCCUCACGGCGACUCCGCCCCCCGCUGUUCCCACUAGACCGAGCGGACGGACGGACACCCAGCGGACACCGCGGACCGAGAUUUUGGACUAGCUAGCUAGGUGCCUUUGGGGACUCUGUUUACCUUCCAUUUUUUCUUUUUAUUCUUUUUGAUAGACCUCACGUCGUCUGUUUUUGCCUCCUGAAUGCAGUGACAUUAUCUGUUGGGCUCUAAGUUUUUUUUUUUUUUAUGUGCUCGGAGUACGAGAGGACCAAAGGAGUUUGAAGAGCGCUUCCAGACGGAAUAAACCCUCAGACGCUUCAAAACAUGGCUUUAACUCGGGAGUUUUUCACCUGCUUUCUAUGCACCGCCAUGACAGCGGUAUACCACUGUGAAGCAACAGCUCCACCUCCUCCCCGGACCGGGCUCAACUACAGUUGGCUCGACCCGUUUACCGUCAACGUAUCCUGGCAGCUCCCCAGAGGUCUGCAGGACCGGGAGGUCUUUUACAAGUACCGCCUGGUGAACGAUCAAACUGAUAAAGCCAGGGGGUGCAUGCCUUGGAGAAAUUUCACAGAACACUUUCUCACAGAAAAGAUGGCUUCUGAUCAUUGGACGUACGACGUUUGGACUGUCGGCAGUAAAUCCUGUGACGAUCAUUCGAAUGAGAGCACACGUGUGGCCAUUACCGUUCAUACCCCUAAGCCCCGAGCUGAAGUGAAGGACAUCAGAUGUUUAAUCGACGCCGCAGGAAUGAACUGUUCCUGGAGCCCAGGGAAUCAGUCCUUUAAUCUCUCCUAUAGGGUUUGUGAUCGUUCUCGGGAUGAAAUGAAAGAGUGUGAUCGGCGUUACAGCGGUGCGACGAGGAACGGUUGUUACCUGGAAGUCGACGCCGUCAACGAUGACAUCUGCAUAAUGUUGGAGCUGGACACUGGAGCCAGACGGAUCACUUUUAAACCUGAACGUGAAAUACUUUCACCAAAGCUGAGCGUCUCAGAAGUAGGAGGUAAAUUCAACCUGAGCUGGCUCCCUCCAGAUUUCCUGAAAAAUGUACCCUGGGAAUACGAGGUCUGCUACAAGAAAUGCAAUGAGCCCAAAGUAUGCUUGAACUUCCCCACAACCGGAGAGCCUGGGCAGAUGCCCUACGAUAAAAGAUGCCAUUACGAGUUCAAAUCCCGAGCCAGGACGAGUCACUACGUCAAGGAAAUAUUCAGCGGUUUCGGUGACGUUGUACCUUAUGGUACCGAUGAGCCUCCCGACGAGACACUGACGGUGGUUGCCAUCGUCAUCCCCGUCAUUCUGUCUGCCUGCAUCAUUCUGUCCUGCUACUGCUUCAGGAGGCACCGCUCCAUUAUUUGCCCCACCAUACCGGAUCCUUCGGCAAUUUUCAAGGAAAUGAUGUUGAACGGAAACAAAGAAUUUAAGACCCCACCGGGGAGUCUGUACACGCCGGUGCCAGAACCCGUUGAACCCUGCAAAAUCACGCUGUCCCCCAGGAAAACUCCUGACACGCUGGUGUAGACUGGCCGCGGGGUAGCCGGACUCCCAGUCUGAGCGAAUUCAUCAAGAACAUUAACGGAGUAACUUAAAGGACAAUUCCGGCCCAAUAGUUAAUAACACGUGUACCGAGUCGACCGUUCUCUGGGAUAUGUUUUCAUGCUAAUCGAAUGUGUCGCUAGCUUGAAACAAGCUAGCGCGAACCGCUGAUUAGCUUGUAACGCUAGGCUUUCGGGGCACUGGCAGAGUCAAAAGAAAUCGCUAUUUCUACACCACUAACAAGGCUCAAAAUAGCACCACACUUCCACAGUAGCACAAUGAGGCUCCCUACAUGCACACCGAAGCAUUGAGAACUUUGUAAGUGUACAGACAGUUUAUUAAAAACUUACUUUAUAAAGACAGUACCUUCGGGUAUACAGGCAGGUGCCAUCUUUGGGAAAACAGUCACGACCAGACGAACGACGAACGCCGUGCAACCAGUAACCAGUAACAUAGCUCUAGCAGGGCGUUCUCAAUGCUUCGGUGUACAUGUAGGGAGCCUCAUUGUGCUACUGUGGAAGUGUGGUGCUAUUCUGAGCCUUGUUAGUGGUAUAGAAAUAGCGAUUUAUUUUGACUCUACCAGUGCCCCAAAAGCCUAGCGUUAGAAGCUAAUCAGCGGUUCGCGCUAGCUUGUUUUCAUGCUAGAGACCCAUUCGAUUACUAUCAGAACAGAUCCCAGAGAACGGUCGCCUCGGUACACACGUGUUAUUAACCCCUAGUUUCAUUUUGCGCCGGAAUGGGAACACCAGGCUGGAACGCUUUGUGCCACUGACCUCUUGUGGUGUAAAGUUGCCAAGUCUGACUGGUGUGGUGAGGAGUGAGCCGCGUUGCACUCUGUACUGGACUGAUCUGACCCCCCCCCCGUAUCACUGUGACUGCUGCAGCCAGGGAACCGCUGCGACCACUGGAGGUCAGUCUCUUAUCAGCUGCUGUUCAGUUACUAUCUGAGGUCGGGCAACAAAAAAAACAUAAGCCACCCAGGCUAUGGACCGGGCAGUACAAACAGGACGAGAAAGGCUAUCACGCCUGCCCUGUGCUGCGGAUAUCCUCGCAUCGAGCGCUGGGGAGGAAGACGACGACAAGGACAAGGGCGUGUGUAUUUUUUUUUUUUUUAAGGUUAUUUUUUGGGGCAUUUUAUUUCUACAGGACAGGAGAUAGGGGGAAUGACAUGCAGCAAAGAACUGCAGGUCGGAGCCGAACCUGCGGCCGCCGCGCCAAGGACCAAACACCUACACAUGUGCGCCCGCUCUACCAACCGAGCCGACCCGGCCACGAGGCCACGUGUUUGGUUGGAUAAAGACUGCAAGUGGGCCAGCUGGAAGCUGUUAUUACUGGGACCUUUGUCUUGGAAUAGGUAUUACUGGUGAGAGGAGCGUUGGUGUCCCUGCUGUACAAGCCUGUGUGAGGACAUGGAGAAUACAAAUGGGAAGUGGUUAAAGAAAUAAAAGAAGUUUCUGUGCUGUGCCAGUAUGACUGCCAUCAUGACAGCAGCAUAACGUACAGAUAAAUCCCCUAAAUCUGACAACCAUAACAACAGAAUUCUUUGGAAAGUGAGCCAUACCAGAGAAUUGUGUAGACUUCUGCUUGCUCAGACGCACCCAAACUGAAAAUGCCACAUCACCAUUAGUCACUCUCUCUUGCUUCCUUUAACCAGAGGGAAGCUUCCUUCUUUUUUUUUUGCCUCUUGUUGCUUUGUUACAUUUACCGACACUAUUAGCUGGCUGAUUGUUGACGAUUAUCACUGCUUCAACAGAGAAUAAAGAAAGUGAAAGUGGA